UCUCGCUCACACUGCCAGUGCUCUGUGCUUGCAAUGGAACACCUCAGUUUUUUCCUCAUACUCUGCAUACUAGCUGUUGCAUGCCCCAUUCUGCAGGCAUGUCCCACAAAUUGUCACUGUCAUGGAGGAGACCUGCAGCACGUGAUUUGUUACAGUGCAGGUUUAACUAAGAUUCCCAAGGUAGCAGAACAAACUCGCCUGCUCAAUCUGCAGAAAAAUAACUUUCCCGUGCUGGCUCCCAAUUCAUUUAAAGAAAUAAAGGGUUUGGUGUCUCUGCACCUGCAGCACUGCCAAAUCCGAGAGGUUUCAAGUGGGGCAUUUCGAGGUCUUAAGAAGCUGGUCUAUCUCUAUCUAUCCCACAAUGAUAUCAGUGUGAUAGGUUCCGGUGCCUUUGAUGAACUGACUGAGCUCACUUAUUUGUACAUGGAUCACAACAAAAUUGUUGAGCUACCCAAGGGACUGUUGUCGCCUCUCUUCAACCUUUUCAUCUUUCAGUUGAACAAUAACAAGGUGCGUGAACUAAAAGCAGGAACCUUCGCUGGUGCUAAGGACCUGCGCUGGCUGUACCUGUCUGAAAAUGAAAUCACUUCACUGCAGCCAGGAUCCUUGGAUGAAGUAGAAAACCUGGCCAUCUUCCACAUAGAUGGAAACCAACUGAGCUCUUAUCCACUGGCCACCAUCAGUAAGCUGAGGGUAGUGGAGGACUUCAAGAUAUCCCGAAACCCUAUUAAAGUCAUUCCUGAUUUUGCCUUCCAGUCCUUUGGCAGAUACAUGGAAUCGUUGUCCAUGGAGAAAAUGGGUCUGGAGAAGUUUUCAGAAAAAGCUUUUGUUGGAGUCACAACCCUAAAGACACUCAAUAUUGAAGGAAACAAGCUAAGCCAACUUCCUGCCAACGCCCCAUUCUCCACCCUACAAAAUCUGUCACUGGCAAAUAACCCAUGGCACUGUAACUGCCAACUGGCAGCUCUAAGAAGGUGGAUGGAUAGUAGCCGCUCUCGCCCGGAUGCCACAUGCGCAAGCCCAGCUCAGUACCGUGGGCAACAGUUGAGAGACACAGGAGCGUUCCGUGGAUGUAAACAACCAAUAAAGAAAUCACGAAAGGGAGAACGCCAAUAAAGAGGCUCCUAAUGGACAGUCUGGGUAAUUGUGACCCUGAUGAUCUGCAAACUACUGACCUGUAGGACCUUCCAGAAGCUCUUCUCACAAUGUUGUGAACCAUCUAAUUUUCUACAACUGCCAAUUUGAAUCUGCAUUUACCAAGCCAUGCCACCCUCUAUGCAUGUAAUUAUGUCAUCAACUUACAGCCAUUGCACUCUUAAUCAUGUGACCAGCUAGGUAUGUACAUUUACUGUAUAUAUUAUAUACUAUAUAAAGACACAUAUCACAAUUAUGUGAUAAAUUAAAUGUCAGAAAAAUAUUAGUAGACUAAGCCAUAAAUGUUGCAUAAGAAAAUAAACUACAUCUGUACAUGAUAAAAUUAUAUAUGGAGUGCAUUGCUAAUAUAUGCUUGGCGUAUAUUACAACCCAAUAUGAUACAAAAGUAAGCUAUGCAAUCACCAGUGAUUAAUGACAUUUGAAAUCAUCAUUAUUACUGCCACAAUAACUCAAACAUUGAACUGAGAACCAUUAACGUUAAGGAUAAUCUACAGAUAAAAUAUUAGCUACAUUAUUACAAAAACAUUUUUAAAAACGACAUUAAGUAACAUUACAAAUAUAAGUUUGGUAAUGUUGAUAUGUAAAGUAUUCAAAACACACUGAGUUUCCUGCGGGGAAGAUGAUCUCUCCCUGCAAACCAGCUUUCCAAAUGGCCGAAAAUAGAGUUGAGAUAACGGUUUACCAUGUUCCUUAUUUUUAGCCAGCAGAAUUUGCCUAAAGUGUCUACAGUCCUACCCCAACCACACCACAGUGCAGUAUUAGCCAUUACCCAGCUCUAUUCAUUAUAGAAAGUGCAGAUAGAUAAAAACAGCGCAGAAUGGUAUUCCACGGAACAUCAGUUCAAAAUCGGAGAUUGUGAAGUGAGUCUCACAUGGGGCCUGAUUCAGAGGUGGACACAAAGGGGGGAAUUCAAAUAUCUGAAAAGUCGGUUGGGUGUCUGUUUUCUCUUGUCUAUUAGAUAGGAAAAAACAGACAUCCAACUGACUUUACCAACAUUGUGUUUGCAAUGCCGAUGUUUAUACAGUUGAGCGAUUAUUAUUGUACUGCGCAUGCAUCCCAAUGGUCUUUUUCUGCUGGGCGCAGUGUAAAAUUGGACACAGUUUGACAGUCAGCAUUUGUGGGAAGUAACUGUGGUGGUGGGGUGCAGAGUCUCAGCCUGCGACUUCAUCAUUGUACGCUGUUGUAAAUGCUCUGGCGGCUAAAACUGCAUUAGAUAUUCUGAGCAUCUCUAGAGGUCCAAUGUGAGUCUUUAUACACAAGCAGUCAAUCACAGACACCGCUGGUGGGCAUCUCUAUACAAAUAACGGCGGCUGCAUCAUUAGCAUAUUAUUGCAGAUCUGCUGCGAAUGCAACUGCGUCCACCUCUGACCCAGGCCCAUGGUAACAUGACGCAUAGGAGUGACAUACAGCAUGAUGGACAUACUAAGCUAAGUAGAAGUACUUCAGUUAUUUUGUGUAUAUUAUUCAGCGUUAAGUAGGAUAAAUCUCCUUAUUGAUUCUAAUAAAAAUGCAAAAAUAUAAUGAAUAUAGCACAUUAUUUUCAGUAGUCUGUGCGGUGAAUACACUCUCUCAUAACAGAAAAAUAAAAAUCAAGGUGAAACCCACCCGGGAUCAGUAUAAAUUACUGACGGUCGGGAUGCCGGUCGUCAGUAUACAGACGGCGGCAUUCCGGCCGUCAGUAUCCCGGCAGCAGGGCAAGCACAGAGAGUAACCUUGCGGGCACGCUGCGAUCGCCACUCUGCUGGCUCGGUGGAUCGCUGCACUCGCCACAGGUUCUAUCCCUGCUCUAUGGGUGUCGUGGACACCCACGAGUGGGAAUAGCCCCUGUGAGCCGGGAUUCCGGUAGGUGGCAUUGUUAGCAGUCGGGAUUCCAGCGUCGGUAUCCUGACUGCUGGAAAUGUAACUGCAUCCCGUCCACCCUACUGUAGUACAUCACUUAUCAAUGAUUUCUGAUUAAGAGUAUAUUUAAGAAAGAAUAUGUGAAUAAUAACAAAAAAAAAUCUACUUUAAAUGGUAUCUUUGAAUAAUGUAUAUAAGUGACAUUAAAAUGGACCUGUUGAAGUAAAUUGACAAUAAGACCAGAGGAUACCCUCUACGAUCCACUGCUAAUUGGGACCAGCAGCAGGGGCUCCUACUCACCAGUGUACUAGGGACCAUGCGCAACACAGUACAGGGCACAGGUUCCAAGGGGCAGACCCCACAAAACUAUUGGGAGGGGGAGGAGGGGUAACAAAUAGAUAUAUAUAUAUAUAUAUAAAAUCAUAUUAACAUUCACACAAAUAAGUACUGGUCUGUGCAGAUUGCCUGGCAAUGACCAAGUUGUUUUUAGCAACCAUUAAUAGGAACAAUUAAUGUUUCUGUAACUUCUAAUGACUGACACAAAUAUUCCUGGGAUGAUUUUUAGGGCCAAGUAUGGUUGAUAAACCACCUCGUUACAAAAAAUGAUUUUCAUAAAAUGGCACUUUAGCAAUCUGCCUGAAAAAUUGCAUAUAUACAAAUAUCUUCAGAAGCAAACAGCCAAGUUAUAAACACAUGCUCUGUACAGUAUUUAUACUCUGCAAAAUAAAGUAAGGUUUUUCCUGUAAA